AGAGGUUGAGCAAGACAAGCGUGUUAUUGGCAAAGGUAAACAUCCCCCGAUUUCUAUAAGAAAUAAGUUAGCAAUGUAAUCAAAACCAACUGCGUUACAAGAACACAUCAAGUGAGUAUUUUUAAAAUGCUUUAUCCCCUAAGAUAUUGCUUGGGCUAUAUAGCCUACAUAAUGUGGUGAUUUCAAAGACUAUGUCUACUCUAUGCAACGUAGCCUAGUCGUCACCGUUAGACAAACAGAAUAUGCUGGAUAUUUAACUAAACUCUUAGCAAGUUAAAGCCUCCAUUGCGUGUAAUAGACCAGGCAGAAUGCGCUAAAACAGCUAGAGGGACAAUCUGAAUAGACUGGACGUGAGCUCACUGGCGUCGACUGCUUAGAAUACAUUAUGGCGGUUUAAAAUAAAAUAACCGAGUGGGUGUGAAUGUAAUAACCCACUUAAAUGAACGUAAAUUAUGCUGAAAAUUAAUUCUGGAGAUGCACACCUCCCCCCUCCCAAAAAAACAAACAAAACCAAAAAAAGGGGGAAAAAAAACCGGAGAGUGCAAUACCAGCAAAAGCCGAAAAGGGCAUCACUCGAGCAAAAUUACGCGACCGGAGAAUGGAGUCCCUGGCGCGCAUGCGCGGACCCAGCGCCACCUCGUAAGCGCCGGCCUGGCUCGCGCCGCCUCGCCGGAGAAAACAAACUGCGUGGAUAACAGACGCACGCGACUCGCAGGACUCGGCCAGCGCUUGAGGACUGUUUAUGUAGAGACCUGGAAUAAAGCUGCCCUGCAACUUGAGGUCGGCAGGACGCGCACAGCAUGACUAAGACACCCCCUCACCGUCGGGGGAUCACGUUUGAGGUGGGGGCGCCACUGGAGGCCCGGGACAGCCUGAAGAACUGGUAUGCUGCCAGCAUUGAGAAGAUCGAUUACGAGGACGAGAAGGUGCUGAUCCAUUACAGGCAGUGGAGUCACCGCUACGACGAGUGGUUUGACUGGAGCAGCCCCUACCUGAGGCCCGUGGAGCGCAUCCAGCUGCGGAGGCAGGGCCUACAGGAGCACAGCACAGCUCCGGGCUUUCACAUCAACCAGAAAGUCCUGGCCUGCUGGUCAGACUGCCGCUACUACCCUGCUAAGAUCCUCUCUCGCAAUAAAGAUGACUCUUACACAGUGAAGUUUUUCGAUGGCGUCAUCAAGAGUGUGAAGGGAAUAAAAAUCAAGCCUUUCAGGAAGCAGGGCUCGAACAACAAGGCCAGGUCACAGGGCCGCAGGCAGGGCCCCCCCAGGAACGACUGGAAGCCCAAAGAAAACAGCACGGACAAGAUCGGCGACCGCAGUGACCAGGACAACGACUCGGAGGAGCACGAGGAGGACGAGGAGGAGGAGGGAGAGCUCGCGGGAGCAGAGCAGGGUCCUGCCGAGCCGUGGGAUGGUGCUGGCAGGGCAGAGGAGGACAAGGCGAACAGCACCACCGGGAGAGGGGAGGGGCCGCCCGGCGGAGACGGGGAGGGGCCGCCCGGCGGAGACGGGGAGGCAGGGAACGGUGGAGAGGAGGCGCCAGAAGAGGAGGAGGAGGAGGAGCAGCAAGCUGGAGCACUUCCCAACGGCAGCCGGGAGAGCAGUGGGGAGAAAGACGAGACAACGGAAGCCAGUUCGGGUCUGGCCAGGCGUACGAGGGGAAAGGCAGCCGAGGGCAGAGAUGCAGAACGACCCAACGUGCCGGAACUGAGGAAGAGACGCCCCUCUGCGGGCCAGACGCCUCCGUCCAAGAGGAGCAGAGCCAACUCCAGCACAGACAGAAACGGACGAUCACAGAUCAGGUCUGCUAGAUCUGAUUCUGCUCCAGGGAGCUUAGACAAUAAGGAUGGCCACAACCAACCAGAUCGCCCAGAGGACCCUAAACCUACAGAACAAACUGGGCCCACCUCUGAUCUUGCAACGUUGCUCCAAAGGCAAGUCCACCUUCCAACCACGAAUAAAUACAGCAGGGAACCAUUGUAUCGGGUCAUCAAAAACCAGCCCCCACCCAUUCUGUCCAUCGAGCUGGACCAUAACCCGUUCAAGUGUCAGGUUCCUGGCUGCCCCAAGUCCUUCCGCAAGGCCUCCCUCUUGCACUACCACAUGAAGUACUACCACUCGGAGAGCGACCUGAGUCCCCCGCGUGGGGUCCCAGCCCACGCCCCCGACCACCAGGAGACCCCCCGCAGACGCCGCACAGCUUCCGCAUCGCUAGACACUCCUUCCCCGCUCAGCGACAGCAAAUCCGGCCACACACCGUCGCCCCCUACUGCCAACGGUGUGCGUCUGCAGCGCAGCUCCUCCCACUGCGAGAGGAGCAAAGAGAACCAGCACGCCAACCGCUCGCUCCAUGACGACAGAGACUGGGUCGCCAUGGAAACAGAAAGAGAGAAGCGGAAGGAGAAGAGACACAGGGACUUCUUCUGCAUCAAGCCAAAGAGGAAGAAGAGGAAGAAAAAGAAGUCCAAGUCAGACUCUCACAGCAGUGAGAAGGGCAGUGGCUUUAGCCCCUCCCCCUGCAAUCUGACCCUGUCGCUCAAAUUGCCCCUCUCCCCCAAACACUGCCCAGAACAGGAGCCCGACGACGGCGAAGACAGCGGGAGCGACUGGUCGACGGACAGCCCUCCGUGGAGCGAGGAGGAGGAGUCGGAGGCGGGGCUGGACCUGAACACGCCCCUCGCCGAGCAGGGGGUGGAGGCGGUGGCGCCGGACUCGGAGAUCGUGCGCUGCGUGUGCGAGGUGCAAGAGGAGAACGACUUCAUGAUCCAGUGCGACGAGUGUUCGUGCUGGCAGCAUGGCACCUGCAUGGGCCUGUACGAGGACAGCGUGCCCGACACGUACACCUGCUACAUCUGCAGGGACCCCCCAGCUCAGAGACAGAGUCAGCGCUACUGGUACGAUAAGGACUGGCUGAGCUGCGGUCACAUGUACGGCCUGUCCUUCCUGGAGGAAAACUACUCGCAGCAGAACAGCAGGAAGAUGGCCACCACGCACCAGCUCCUGGGCGACGUCCACCGCGUCUUCGAGGUCCUCAGCAGCCUCCAGCUCAAGAUGAGCAUCCUACAGACACAGGCCCACCCCGAUCUGAAACUGUGGCGGCAGCCCUGGAGGCCUGCCGACGGCGUCCGCAGGAAGGAGGCCGGGGAUCCGGGUUCAGGCACGUCCGCGCCCUCCCCCUGCUCUACCCUGGAGGCGGAGCCAGUGGGUGGCGAGACAGGCAAAGCGGUGGCCCCCAUGCCACCCGCCGUCCCCUCCCCAGCUUCCUAUAUCAGCAGCGAGCACUGUUACCAGAAGCCCCGCACGUACUACCCGGCUCUGGAGCGCCGCCUGGUGGUGGAGACACGUGGCGGCUCCGAGCUGGAGCACAGCCUGCGCAGCAGCGAGGACCUGCUGGAGCUGGCCGAACACCGCUACGGCGCCCCGCUGGAGCUCGAGCGCCGUAAGCCCGAGCGCAGGGACGUGGAGUGUCGCAAGAAGCUGCUGGCGGCCGCCGAGUGGGACAGGGGCACCGUGGCCGAGGUGAAGGAGGAGCCUGAACCCGUGACCUGUGAUCCCAAGCCCGACCCCGACCUCUUGGUGCACCAGCAGUGGCAGCUGAACCUGCUGGAGCACAUCGAGGCUGUCCAGGAUGAGGUCAGCCACAGGAUGGACCUCAUAGAGAGGGAGCUGGACGUGUUGGAGAGUUGGCUUGACUACACAGGUGAGCUGGAGCCUCCAGACCCCCUGGCCCGUCUUCCACAGCUGAAACAUCGCAUCAAACAGCUGCUGACUGACCUGGGAACAGUCCAGCAAAUCGCACUGUGCUCCUCGACCACAUGAGGGCACCAGAGCACACAGUUCUCCUCACAACUAUACAGAGCUCUUAAGAGGGAGGGUAUGGGUAAUGGAUAAAACCCGAACUGAAGAGCUGGCCAACAUGAUGCCCUUGUUGUGAUGACUAUUUCCAUGCACCAGUCCUGUGUGAAAAACUUGGUCAGACUAACCAAGCUAUAACAAAGAGGCAGAGAAAGUUACUUGAACGUUUAAUAGGUUAAAGAGUUGAAUGUAUUUGAGGGUUGCGGUCCAUGUUUGGGCACCAAUUACUCAUAGUUCAGAAUUUCUUGCUUUUUGGAGAAGGACUCAUUUUAAAAUGGGCCUAAUGACAUUAAAUGCAAGGAAUCCUUAUUUUUUGAAACAUAAAGGCUUUUUUAGCACUUGUCUGUUAUUAACAUACAGAAUUCUGCCUUUAUUUUUGGUUGGUUUGUUUAUUCUCUGUUUUCAUUGCUGAUGUUAUGCAAAAUCCCCUUUUCUAUGUUUGUCAAGAACUGUUGAGAAUGAGGUUUGACAAAAUGCGUUUGCAGUGGCAGUGAUGCAGCAAUGAGCUCGUAGCUGUUAAAGAAAAAGAAACCUGAAAAUGUUAAUAUUAAAAUAUAUUUUAAUCUGAAAGUUCACCAUCUUCUAUAUUUGUACUAAAUAGACAAUGUAAAUGGCCUAAUGUGCAUUCUUUAAUCCAUGUUCCAACUUUGGCUUGUUUUUGGUUUCUGCCUUUGAUCUUAACUGUAUUGGUAUUAACUGUGACUGAGUCUGCAUUUAUAUCAAUGGUAAUAGUAACUUUAUCUCGAACCUCUUGUGAAUACUGUAGUACUCUUGGUUCUUUCAUGUCUGCCGCCAUUUUGAAAUGAUUGCUAUUGCUUGUGUUUCCUGUGUAUGCAAAUGUAUUUAACAAGCACAAAAGGUUUUUUCGAUUUCCAUGUUUUAUUUUUUUUUGCCCUUAUUUUGUGUUGUUAUAGGCUUAUAACAUUCUGUAAUGUCCCUUGCAAUUUUUUACACUAGUCCACAUAGGUUUUUUUCUUACUUUUUGAAGGCACUAGUUGCCUUUUUUAAUUUAUUGUAAUUGUGAAAUUAAGUUAUUGAUUCUGCUGUCUUUUUUUCUGUCCUCUGUUUGCCUCCUUUUUUAGGGUGCGUGCGCGCGUGCGCGUGUGUUGCUCCUGCUUGUGUACAUAGGUGGAGUUGUUAGCCAGGGUGAUUGUCAUGAUGAGAGAAUGUGUCAGUGUUAGGGGACCAGAUGGCCCCACAGUGUGUAGUCAGAGAGAGACGGAGAAACGGGGGUAAUGCAUUGCCCACUCCCCUGUUGGUUAUUGUGGUUUCAUUCUCCUCUUUUUGCCCAGUCCUGCAUUUGAAUUUCAUAACCUGUGCCUGAUAUUCUGUUUUAGACCAACAUAUUCAAAUGUAUACCACUCCUCCACCAGAAAACUCCAUGUUUUUCAAAUACAUAUAUGGAUCCAUUAAAUCACAUGGAAGGGCAGAUGUUUAUCUUUGUUUUUCUGUUUUUUCCUCUUUCUUCGUGCAGCCAGUGACAGAUACACAGUCUAUAUUGUCUGUACUUUCACUCUGCUGUGAAAUAAUUGUGUUGCAUGUCUGCCCUUUUGCAUUUAUCAAUCUAUGGAAAUACAGUAAUCAGACAGCAAUGGA